GGGGGAGUCUUGUAGCUGGCAGACCUUGAGGUGGUGGAGGGUCCAUGCAGGAUAUUCUGGUGCUCGGUGCAGAGCGAGUAGAACGGGUUUAACUGACAUUGUGGGGGACUGGACGAGCAGAGGAGGACCAUACCUGCACGGAGGCGUUCAUCUCUCUCUCUCUCUCUCUCUCUCUCUCUCCCCCUCUCUCUCUCUCUCUCUCUCUCUCUCUCUCUCUCUCUCUCUCUCUCUCUCUCUCUCUCCUUCUCUCCCUCUCUCUCUCCCACUCUGCCUAAUGGUGUACCUAUAGCCUCCGCAAUAUCCCGGACUUUCUGCAGGAUUUAUUUUUAUUCCCAGAGACGAUGAGUGUGUGGGACUGCCUGAGUGUUUCUCCCAGGUCGUUCCGAGGAUGUGUGUUUGUGCUCUGGUCGGUGUUCUCUACAGUCUGGAGUUUUAACAUCCAGGCGGACCGUCCCGCCGUUUACCGGGGACCCGGUGGGAGUUACUUUGGAUACUCAGUGGACUUCUACCAAGCGACCGCCGAAAGUAACACGAUGAGUGUUCUGGUGGGGGCCCCCAAGGCCAACACCUCCCAGCCAGGUAUUGUGGAGGCGGGGGCCGUCUACUACUGCCCCUGGCCCGGCGGGGCCGACAGCUGCAGACAGAUACCCUUCGAUAACGCCAAUAACAGGAUGAUUAAGGUGAACGGCAGCAGGGAGCCUCUUGAGUUCAAGUCUCACCAGUGGUUCGGUGCGUCGGUCAGAACACACAAAGGCAAAGUAGUGGCCUGUGCUCCUCUGUACCACUGGCGGACGGUGAAGCUGAGUGGGGAGAGGGACCCCGUGGGGACGUGCUACGUGGCCGUGCAGAACUUCAGCGCCUAUGCAGAGUACUCACCCUGCAGGACCAAUGACCCAGACCCGGAGGGCCAGGGCUUCUGUCAGGCGGGCUUUAGUGUGGACUUCACAAAGGAAGGACGACUGGUGGUUGGUGGGCCUGGAAGCUUCUAUUGGCAAGGUCAGGUGAUGACAGCAGGGAUUGCUGAGAUACUGAAUGGUUACUCGCUGAAGGCGGUGCUGAGACGAGUUCCAGGAGAGAAACACACCAGUGCUGCUGCAGACACACACGACGACAGCUACCUUGGUUACUCUGUGGCCGUGGGAGAGUUCACAGGGGACUCGGAGCAAGAGCUGAUUGCCGGGGUUCCCAGAGGGGCUCAGAACUUUGGCUAUGUGGCAAUGAUCAACUCAACCAAUUUGACCUUCAUCCAGAACUUCAGCGGAGAGCAGAUGGCCUCCUACUUUGGCUACUCUGUGGCUGUAGCCGACCUGAACGGGGACGGGAUGGACGACGUGCUGGUUGGCGCGCCGCUCUACAUGGAGAGAGAGAUGGAGAGCAAGCCCCGGGAGGUGGGCCGCGUGUACCUGUACCUCCAGCUGGCCCCACUCACCUUCUCCCAGCCCAUCCCCAUCACAGGGACCUACACCUUCGGACGCUUCGGCACCGCCAUCGCAACGCUGGGAGACAUCAACCAGGACGGGUUCAAUGACGUGGCGGUGGGUUGUCCGUUCGGCGGGGACGACCGCGGUGGCCGUGUCCUGAUCUUCAACGGCCGCAGAGACGUGGCUGCCCGGGGCCUGGCCCUGAGCCAGGAGCUGCGAGCGGCGGCGCCCGCGGCCGGGGGUCUGCCCGGGUACGGGUUCACCCUGAGAGGGGGCCAUGACCUGGACAACAACCACUACCCUGACAUGAUAGUUGGGGCGUUCGGAGUGGGGGAGAUUUCCGUUUACAGGAUAAGAAUUGAAGCCCGUGCCGUGGUGUCUGUAGAUGCUUGGAUGGUCCUGACGCCCAAGAUCCUAACGCUGACGACCGACAGUGUGGUUCUACCUGACACCGACUUCAUGGUCACCUGCCUUAAGGUGAAGGUGUGUGCGGCUGUGAGUGGCGUUGGGAUCCCUGACUCCGUGGACCUGACAGUGGAGCUGCAGUUGGAUUGGCUGAAAGGAACCAGGGGCGGAGCUAAGAGAGUCCUCUUCCUGGAUAACCAGCAGCAUCAGCGCACCACACUUCUCAAGCUGGGACAUCACCACCCACACAAGUGCUUCAGCUACACUGUGUACCUGAAAGAGGAGGACGAGUUCAGAGACAAAUUAACUCCGAUCUCAUUGGCUCUGAACUACAGCCUGGCCCAGCCCACUCAUAGCCAAGACCUUCCACCUGUCCUUAACUAUUACAGCAGCACCUUCCUCCAAGAACAGGCCUACAUCCUGCUGGACUGUGGCGACGACAACCUAUGUAUCCCUGACCUCCAGCUCUCCGCCAGCAUGGACCGACGGGAGCUGGUGAUCUGCGAUGAGAACCUGGUGAUGCUGACCAUCACAGUGCUGAACCAGGGGGAGGGGGCGUACGAGACGGAGCUCCACGCAACACUUCCUGCUGAGGCUGAUUACAUAGGAGUGGAGCGCAGGGUGGAGGGUCUGUCCCGGCUGAACUGUGAGUACCGGCUCCUCAACGACUCCAGGAUGGUGGUGUGUGACCUUGGGAACCCUAUGGUUUCUGGGACAGAGUUGUUGGUUGGUCUGCGGUUUUCUGUUCAGAGGCUGGACGACGCCGGGCCCAAGAUUAGCUUCAAGCUUCAGAUCCACAGCUCCAACAAAGAUAACCCUGACAGCAACCCUGUCACGCUGGACCUCUCCGUCGUGGCCCGCUCACAGCUGGACCUCAGAGGGGUGUCCCACCCCUCCCAGGUGGUGCUGCCCUUCCCUCGCUGGGAGCCCAAGGAGAAGCCCCUCAAAGAGGAGGACGUGGGGCCACAAGUCACGCACAUUUACGAGCUCCACAACACUGGUCCCAGCAGCAUCCGUGAGGCGGAGCUCCAGUGGGCUGGCCCCCGUUUCCGUGACGAAAACCUGCUGUACAUUAUGGAGAUUAAAACUGAUGGGCCAAUCAGCUGCAGGGCUAACGGCAGCCUCAACCCGCUGGGCCUACAGGUACUACACACUCACAGACACAAACACAUAGGCACAGACACACUCACACACACACACACACACUCACACUCACACACACACAUGCACGCACACACCACACAUGCACAGACACACACAGACACACACACACAAACUCACACACACACUUACACACACACACACACACUAACACACUCACAUACACACACACACACACACACACACACACAAACACACAGAUACACAGACAGACAAACACACACACACACACACACACACACACACACACACAAACACCAACAAACACACACACACUUGCACAGACACUCACACACACAAACUCUCACACACACACAAAGACAGACAGACUCACACUAACACACUAACACCCUAACACACACGCACACGCACAAAAACACGCUCACACACACGCUCACACAUUCGCUCACACAU